UGGCUAUGUUCAUUGUGAUUUUAAAGAAUUGAUAAACAUUACAAAAUUUUUACAUCAUUUCCAGAAAAUAUGUAAUUCAAAUAUUCAGGCGAUUAUACACGAUAGCCAUCAGAGUCUUAACCUCCGAAUUGUGCAGAGGUACCUGAAGGAGCAUGGGAAAAAAAGUGGUCCCUCCGUUGGAGGCACAUAUAAUAGUGGCGAAGUAUAUACACACGUUUAUAACUACAUUGCAAAAUAUGACAGGGCUGACAAUGUAGACAUUCUUUUGUAUUCCCUCAUAAAGGGGAAAGAGACCAAUGUUGCUAUAGAGGGGGGGUCAUACAGGGAAGUGACGACUGACGGGUGCGCUCAUGUUGGGGAGGGACCCUUGUUAGAUAGCCCCGGUGGAGCUUCCCAGAAGGAGUACUCCCAGAGGGGCUGUAAAAAUGACGGAUUUGGAGAUUUCCCCUUGAAUGGGGCCAACCCAAAGGAGGGCAGCGCCAUAGCGGAAGAGGCGACGCAGCAGGGAAAUCAAUUCAGCAUGAUCAACGCGGAAGAGGCGACGCAGCAGGGAAAUCAAUUCAGCAUGAGAAACGCGGAAGAGGCGACGCAGCAGGGAAAUCAACUCAGCAUGGCCAACGGGGAAGAGGCGAAGAGAACGCUUCUAGUGGACUACAUAAACUCGUUUUACAAACUAAACGAUAUGUUCACCUUCCUUCUAAAUAAAGUGUUAAGUUAUUUCAACGAACACGCACAAAAUUUUAAUUUGUACCAUUUAAAGCUUUUGUUUUUCUUUUUGGGGAAAUUUCAAAUGUUUGAUGCACAAUUGAUGGAAAAAAUAACCAACAGGAUUAUCGAAGAAAUUGAAAGGAUAAAAACCAACCCGAAGCUCCUACAGGAUGAUACGUCAACAGAGGAAAGGAAGAAGCAUAACUACGCAAAAAUGAGAAUUAAAAAGCUCAGGAAAAAAUAUGUCAAUACAUUUAUUAAAGUAGACUCGAAAGAAUUCCUAACCCUUCCAUACACAAUCGGUUUGUCUAUGAACACAUACUUUAAUAACUACCUAAUUGAAUAUGUAAAUAUUUACAUACUUAGUUUAAUUAACUCGAGAGUCAACUGCGAUAUGGUAAGUUUUACGUACUGCCUCGUUGGGUAUAAGUACAUUAUGGUGCACUUUUUUAUUUUGUUCAAUAUAUUUUUGUUUAAAGAAAAAUGUAUGAAGAAUUCAAAACUGUUGGAGAAAUAUAGCAUCUUUUUGCGUCGAUUGGGGAAAGAUGCCACUUUUCGUGGAAGUGCCCAGUUCGGGGGGGCACACUCAUUAGCGCCAAGUGAAGAAACGAAGGAUUUCUUCCUUCGCAGCAGUAGUAGUAUAGAACAGGAUGGACCUACGCAAAAUAUCCUCAGUAGGGAAGAAAAACUGACCAAUCGUGAAGCCCACGUCAAAAUGUGUAAAAGUUCAAACGAAGAAAACAAUCACAUGGCUACUUUUACGUGUACCCAGAAAGACCACACGGAUGAGAGAGACAAAACAGAGUGGCACACAAACCCUGAGGAGAUCUUCAACUUGCUUCUAGGAGAAUUCCAAAUGAGAGUAAAAAAUAUUUUCCUAAUAAACUUGGACAAACAUUCCAUGCAACAAUCAUAUAACAGCGAACAGCUUCGUAAAUUUUAUUUGCACUACAAAAAAUUAUUCGAGAAGGUAUUCAAUUAUGCCAUUUUUCUCCUAAGCAAAUAUGAACCUGAUGAAAUGCUGCGCAUUUACAAAAAUUUGAAUGCCCAUGCGCUAAACGAUCAGGUUGUGAAGCAGCUGUACGUGGAAGUGCUCUAUGAUAAGGUUGUUUUUAAUUCGGGAAAUGAAAAAAAAGUUUCAAGUUUGUUGCGGUGCGUUUG